CUUCUAACACUUUCCCUCUCAUUUCCUCCCUUAUCCCAUGACUCCCACCUCCCUCCCUCGUGACUCCCCUUCCCUUCUUCUUCUCCCAAUUCCUUCCCCCUUUCUCCCAUGACUCUCUCUUCUUCCCUUUCCUUGUCCUUUUCCUUCCUCCCAUUACUAAAUCACUACACUCAUCAUCAUCAUGCGGUCGCCGCAGGGUUUCCGCAACGGCGAGAGCCCUUCCCCUCAUAACCGAAUCCCUACUCCACACUUCCACAACACCGUCACGCUCCGUAAACUCAAACGCUUCAACUCACUGAUUCUCGUCUUCCGGGUCACCGCUUUCACUUUCUCCCUCGCUUCCUCCGUUUUCAUGGUCACUAACUCUCGCGGCUCCGGUUCCCCUCAUUGGUUCGAUUAUGACGCUUUCAGAUUCGUUUUCGCCGCGAACGCAAUCGUUGCUCUAUAUUCACUGUUCGAAAUGGGCGUUUCCGUUUGGGAGAUCUCCACUGGCUCCACUCUCUUCCCUGAAAUCCUCCAAGUUUGGUUCGACUUCGGCCACGAUCAGGUAUUUGCGUAUUUAUUGUUGUCGGCGGACUCCGCGGGAACGGCGUUCGCGAAAACGCUAAGAGGUACGCCCACGUGUACGGACUCGAACUCGUUUUGCGUGCAAUCGGAUAUCUCCGUGGCUUUAGGUUUCGCCGGGUUUUUGUUCAUCGGGUUGUCGUCUCUGCUGUCGGGUUUUCGGGUCGUCUGUUUCAUUAUCAACGGUUCUCGUUUCCAUCUUUAGGUUUAAAGAGAGAGAGAGAGAGAGAGAGAGAGAGAGAAAUAUUUUUGGAUGUGUGAAGAAAAAAUUUAAUGCGUUUUUCGUUUUUCUUACUGUGUAUCGUACACUGUAAUUUUUUUUAAAUUUAUGUGAUGAACUGAUAAUUGAUUUGUCA